UCUUCUGGUGGGUUAGAACUUAGAAUUUGGAAAGCCCACAUCUUUCCUUAAAUUUUUAUUCCAGUUUUCCUGAAUUCAGAAACAAUGAGCAGUCACUGUCACUAAAUAUUAACAGAGAAGAGGCAAAAAUAUCUUUCUCCAGAAAGAGCAAUAAGAAGCAAUCUUAAUCAUCCAGAAUAAGGUAAAAUAAAGUACUUACCUGGGGAUAAAAAAAGAGGCCGGCUUGGCUGCAGGAAGAAUCUCAAUAUCACUUAACAUACAAGGACAAACACAAAGUGCCAAAUCUGCCAAGUCAAGAAUCAUAUGGCUUGUUUGGAAUGCUUCAGACUGUGUAAUGGAAUUGGUUUCUGGGUUUAAUUAAUCAAGGCUCAGUAUUUGACUUCAGAAUAUGCUUAGCCGCCACUUCUUGAAAAUUGAUAUUUGCGUCUCCUCAUUCUUGUGCGCACACUGAAGUUCAAUUCUCUGAUGGUUUCUUAAUCUUGUCCUGAAAGAUGGUUUAACUGUUCAUGACAUAAGCAGGCAUUCUUUAUCCUCCCAAAUGAAGUCUGAAGCAUUCUAGUGUUUGUUCAAUAUAUAAAAGUCUUUGUCAUUUGUUUUAGGCUGGUUAAGUCGUCUCACACGGUAUAUGAAAAUGGCUUUACCUAAUGAUAUGUUCGAUAUAUAGAAUUAUAACUUCUCAACUAGGCCAGUUCUGAUCUAAGAAAAGUUGACUUUGGAGGGUGAUGUGCAUGAUUCCUUCACUUUGUCGAAAUGGUGGUUGUAAUAGAACUGAUCUGAGGAUGCAAUGCUACUCCAAUUUGUGUGCGAGGUAUUAAAGUUCCAUCUUCAAGUCCACCCUACCAAAACUUUCAUCAUGAGCAAGCACUUAUUUGGAUUUCUCAUCAUAUUAACAUUCUCAGCCUCCAUUUCCCACGCCCAACAGCAGUAUGCAGGAAACUCAGUUAUGCAAUGUAAUAUCUCCGAUGAAACAGGACCAUCUCCAGCUUUUCUUUAUACCUGCAAUGGGAAAAUGCCUUCUUGCAAAGCGUUCUUGAUGUUUAGAACAAAACCUCCUUAUCUUUCAGUCUCGUCCAUUUCAAACUUGACGUCUUCUGACCCUAUGGAAUUCGCUCACAUCAAUGAUAUCUCGAGCUCAGCAGUCUUGCCUCCAGAUGUCGCGGUUAUUGUUCCAGUAACUUGUUCCUGUUCAGGUCAAUACUAUCAAGCUAACACCUCUUAUGUCAGGCAUGAUGUUGAUACCUAUUUUACAAUUGCAAACGAUACGUAUCAGGGGCUUACCACUUGUAAUGCACUUGAGCGUGAAAAUCCAUAUGGCGAAUUCAACUUGUUUUCAGGAUUGAAGUUGCAAGUACCCCUUAGGUGUGCUUGUCCUACACAAGAACAGAUUUUAAAUGACACCAAGUUUCUUUUGACAUUCUUGGUGACUUGGAAAGAUACAGUCCCUCAGAUCAGUGAAAAGUUCAACGUAAGUGCCAGUAGUGUCGCUACAGCCAACGGAUUUUCUGAGGACAAUCCAGUUCUUUAUCCCUUCACAACUAUUUUAAUUCCUCUGCCAGCAGAACCUUUAAGCUCUCAGAUGAAAGCCACUUCACAUCCAACAAUUUCUCAGCAAAUGCCCAAGAGGUCACAUAAAGGGCUUUAUGUCGGGAUGGCAACCGGUGCUGCUCUAGCAGUCCUUUGCUUUUUCUUGUUCCUGGGCUUCAUCCAUUACAGGAGAAAGAGAACAAAUGAUGCAUCAUGGAGAAUUAGACAGCAACGAAAGAAGCAGCAACUGCCGGCCCACUUCCUAGAUAAAGUUGUUGGAAUUGGUGAAAUUCUGAAGAUAUAUACUUAUGAAGAACUAAAGGCAGCCACUGACAACUUCAGCCCACAUAAGAGGUUGAGUGAUUCUGUUUACCUUGGAAAUCUUCGUGGAAAAUUAUUAGCUAUAAAACAUAUGAGCACAGAUGUGUCCAAAGAGAUCAAAAUCCUAAGCAAUAUCAACCACUUCAAUCUGAUUAGUCUUUAUGGUGUCUGUGAGCAUGAUAGAGUAUUCUAUCUUGUUUAUGAGUACCUGGAAAAAGGAUCUCUAAGGGACUGGCUCCAUAAAGAAAACUCUCCCCUUGCCCAGAGCUGGAACCGCCGAAUUCUUAUUGCUUUAGACAUUGCCAAUGGACUUGAUUAUCUUCACAACUUUACUGCUCCAGCUUACGUACACAAGAACAUCAGAAGCUGCAACAUUUUACUGAACAGAGACCUGAGGGCAAAGAUUGCAAAUUUUGCCCUCGCUAGAGAAGAUGGAGGCUCACACACUAAUUAUAUUGUUGGAGAAAGAGGUUACAUGGCACCUGAGUUCAUACAAACUGGGAACGUGACCCCUAAAGUAGAUGUCUACGCCUUUGGGAUAGUUCUGCUGGAAUUGAUUACCGGAAGAGAAGCUGUGGUCCUGCAUGAUGAUCAAGAAGUUCUUUUGUCCGAAACAGUGAUUCCAGUAAUUGAUGGAACAGAUGUAGGAGCUGAAGUUAAUGAUCUCAUUGACUCUCGACUUCAAGUAAAGAAUCGACUCGGUUAUAUAAUCGACCAUGCUGCACUGGCACUGCGCUUGCUGAAAUUGAGCGUAGCAUGCUUGGCUCGAGAACCCACAAACAGAUUAAGCAUGGCUGAAGUGGUUUCAGCUUUGAUGAAAAUCCAGGAAGAUGCCAACUACUCGCAGUCAUUUUCUGUUGAAUAGGAUUGUCUUUUUUAAGUUUUAGCAUCAGAGGUGAUCAUGAACUCUCUACAGAAUUUGUGAAGUUUAGUGUUAAUAACUGAACCACGUUCCUUGUAAUAUUGCAAUUAAAAAUUAUUUAUCAUACGUUGGAACCUUUAGCUAUGAACUACUAAUGGUAAACAGGAAAUAAAAAUUAUUUUUUAGGGAGUACAAUAUAUAAUUUUGCGGAUUCGGAUUCAAAUAUGGAUUCUCUGAAUCUGAUGAAACGGACUGAAGAAAGUACUACUACGAAUACUAUUAGAAGAAACUUUGCAAAUGAUGGUCAUACCCUUUUUCCUAUAUGUAUGGACGAGUAUUUUGACAGAAUACAUGUGCUGCUCCAAGCUUACAUAUUACACUGUAAUGGUACCAUUUAUUUUUCUUUUCUUUACUCUCAGCUACUAUUCUGUUGCUUAUAAGUUAAAAGAGUUCUCUCAUGUAAUACUGUGCAGUGAAACGAGCAUACAAACAUAGAGCAAGAAUUCCAGAGCAAAUCAGGAGUACAGUUAACACGGGAAGGUGCCGGUGAGCCGAAUGUGAUCAAGAGUCCUCUUCAGGCCAUACUUGAGCACUGCCUUAUUUCCUUCCCGGAAACCACCUCCAUAUGCUGCAGAAGUGUCUGAUUCUAU